CCUUGGUUGUUUAUAGGGUGUUUGGGUCGGACGGUUUUGAUCUGAUUCCAUUUAGAACUUCAAAUUAAGCGGCCAAAUAACCGCUUCAAUGGCAGAAGAUUUUUGUUUUCGAGUCGAAUCUCUCAUAACAGCUGUAGAGAAACGAUCAAUUCUUUACAACAAGAAGCAUCGGGAUUAUAACAACAAAGAUGAUAAAGAACAGGCUUGGAUGGAGGUUUGUGCGGAAAUCCUACCGCAAUGGUACGAUUACGAAGAUGCAGAAAGAAAUUCAAAAUUGGUACAAGUUCAAAAAAAAUGGAGAAACUUGAGAGAUAGCUUCCGGAAAGACUUAAACGUUAGAAGACAAAUAAAGCCAGCAAGAAAUUCUAGUAAAAGAAAACGUGAAUAUAUUUACUCUAGAUCCAUGUUAUUUUUGGAGCCAUAUAUUAAACCAGAUGAUGGAGAAUUCCAGAAGUUUUACUUAAAGCCAGAUGUUGAAGUUGAGAUAGACGAAGAGGAGGAGGAGGAAGAAACACACGAGGCUGAAGUUCUUAAGUUUGAAAGCGAAGAGUCACAAUAUACAGACACAUCUGUGCCUGCUGUAAGAAAAAAGAAAGCAAAAGUCAAUACCCAAGUUGACCAACAGUCUCCUGUGUUAGAGGUAUGGGAAGGAUUUCAGAAUGGAGAUGUUAACGACGAUAAUAAUUUUUAUUUGCACAAUGAAGUAGAUGAAGAUAGAUAUUUUUUGUUAUCGCUGGUACCAUCUUUUAGGAACCUUUCACAACAACAGAAAUUGUCUGUUAGGGUAGAAUUUUUACAAAUUUUACAGAAACAUUGUUUUACUCCCGUACAAGACCCUUUAAAUGAGUCACAACCAGAUUAGUCAAUGUACAAUUUAUAGAAAUAUUAGUCCAGUCGGGAUAGCAUUUGACCUUGCAUGGCGAUCCAGGCAACCAAGUGACGUCAAUAACGUCGAGGAAAUGUCAGUUUUUGGUUGAAUAUAUACACGUGUCGUGUUUGUACAUUACGUCAUAUAUACGUCUUUUGUAGGUGACUUUAAAUACGUAAGAUUAAUGACGUUACGAUACGUUUAAAAAACGUUUUCAUUUCAGACAGCCUAAGUGCACGUUCACAUACACUGCUAUGGCGCGAUCAGCGAUGCUAUCAUCAGGUAUGCGUUACAUAGCAAGCAAUUAUCUGUUUGUGUUUCCAUACAAAGAUAUGUUUGUGAGCUAGUCGCCACCGUAGUCCUUUCUGUGUCGGAAGGUGACGAUGGAAAGAAAACUGAAUUAUCUAUUGAAGGAAAAUUCAUUGUUAAAGUACAAUAUUUUCAAAAAGUGUCUAAAUUACUAGAAAACCUAAAUGGGUCCAUAAAGGAGAGUUUCAUCAUUUAUGUGCUAAACUAAUUUUGCAUUCUGAUAAAUUUCGGAUGAGCAUAGAGAAAUAAAUAGAUAAAGGGCGACAUUUGGGGAGUUUUAUAAUUGAUUUACCAAAAUUUUAAUUAUUAUGGUUCUUAAAAAAAAUUUCAAAAUUCUGUAUCUUGCAUUGAGGGUAUUGUAAUUCUAUGCAUUUUACAGAGUCUUCCAUUUGGAUUUGCUUUUAGCCUAUGGGCUAAAUUUAAAACGGUUAAAUGGAAACAUUGCAAUACCAACAAUGCCUAUACGAAUAAUUAUUGUGUAUUUUUAAAACCAUAAAAUGAAAAAUAAAUCUAAAAAAAUGACGCAAAAAUUACGUUUUUGAUAUCACGUAUUUAAAACGUUAUAAAAAUGACGUCAAUUAUGGCGGGACAAAUUCACGUGACUUUCGACGUCGAAAAAACGUGAUAAAUUGACGUGGUUUGGUAAUAAUUAUGACGUAUUUUCAACGUUUUGUAAACGUUAUCUGGUUGCCAGCUCGAGCUGCCCGAAAUGUUAUUAUUCUAACCUAUAGGGGGGUCAAUAGUAGUUUGAAUUUAAAAUCGCGACUGAAUUCCGCCGUUGCGUUAGCCGCCAUUUUGGUUUUAAAGGAGAGCCAUUGUUGCUCAACAUCUCCGCCAUUUUCAACUUUGCAACAAAAAUGGUAGGAACUGAAAUUGUUCCAAAUGCGAUUUCAUACAAUUCCUUUUUAACAAUUUUUUUCGUGCUGUCGAUAUUUUCCAAGUUGAGGAAAAUAACUGGAAAAAUUUACACUACUAUUUCCCCCCUCUAAAGGUUAGAAUAAUAAAAUUUCGGGUAGCUCGCCACGCCAUGCAAGAUUAGGCCUUUGAUUUUUCGUCUAACCCAACUGGACUAUAUACACUGCUCAAGAAAUAAGGAAUUUUAUUUUUAUACAGCUGUUUUUCUUCUUUUGAGUCUUUCUAAUUUGAAAAUUUUGUUUAAAACCGCAAACAAAACAUAUAUAAAAUCACUAAUGAUAUUUUGUAGAAAUGACUACGAACACUUUCUGCCAAAGUUUUUUUAUGUACUAUAUUAUAUAUAUUUUUGAGCAAUAUUUUUACUUUUUAUAUACUUUUGUGGGGGGUCUACCGAUUUUCGCCAAAUUUCAGUAUGUUAUUGUACUACAAAAAAAAAAGUACUCUACAUUUUUUCAGUUGUUGCGCUCAGGCGGCCAUUUUGUGAGCCUUAAAAGACCAAAAAAUAGCUCUUUUUAACGCUUUUUGAAAAUUUUUUUUCUAGGGUCAUCCUUUACAGAAAAUAAUUUUGAAAACGUCAUAUUUUAGCUGCUGAUGUCCACUUUUAACUUGAAUUUUUUUAACUUUUGUCAGAUGUUAAUGCGCCAUUUCGGAAAAAUUAAGGUAGACCCACUUUUUACCAAAAAUGACCAUAUUCAAACUGCUAUAAAACGGCUUUUAACUAACGCAGCUAUAUUUAGGUACUAACGAAUCGAAAGAUCUAGAAAACAUCUACAAUUUUGUUUUAUAAAGUUUGUUUCGUCCUUUACAACUCUUCAAGCUACGGUCGUUUGGAAAUUGCCCUCUUUACAAAAAACGCGGUUUUUCCCAUUUUUACAGAGGUGGAACUUUUUUCUGCCAACUUCAAAUUGCACGAAAAAUUUUUUGAAGGUAGUUUUUUACAUAUUAUAUUAUAAGCUCCCAAAGGAAUUUCUUUGGCUAUUUGCUUUUAAAACCUUCAUCUGAACAUCUUUAUAAACAAAAUUAUAGAUGUUUUCUAGAUCUAUCGAGUCGUUACUACCUAAAUAUAGCUGCGUUACUUAAAAGCUGUUUUAUAGAUGUUUGAAUAUGGUCAUUUUUGUUAAAAAGUGGGUCUACUUUAAUUUUUACCAAAUUGGCGCCUUGACGUUUGACAAAAGUUGAAAAAAUCCAAGUUAAAAGUAGAAAUCAGUAGCUAAAACAUGACAUUUUCAAAAUCAUUUUCUGUGAAGAGGGAUCCUAGAAAAAAAUAGUUAAAAAUGGCUAUUUUUUGUCUUUUAAGGCUCACGACAUGACCGCCUGAGCUCAAAAAAAUCUGAAAAAAUUCAGAGAGUCAUUUUUAUUGUAGUACAACAAUAUACUAAAAUUUGGGGAAAAUCGGUAGACCUCCCCACAAAAGUAUAGAAAAAAAAAAUAUUGCUCUUUUAUAUUUAUUUUUUCUCAGUUCUUUAAUAUCCUUUUUUAUCUCUUCGACUCUCGCAUUGUUUUGUUUUCGUUUUCCUUUUUUUUUUGUACUGUCCCAAAGCUGCGUUUGUUGACUCAUGAUUACAUAAUUGGAUCCAUUCAUAUUGUUUUCCAAAAUUCUUUUAACCUCAUCUAGUUUGGUGUUUAGUUUGCCUUUUUAUACUGCCCUACCUUGCAAAAAAGGGGGGAUAUUGUUUCGGAUAAUGAUAUAUCAAUGAGUUGAAAGAUUCUAUAUAUUUUUGUAUUACUGUAUGGUUCAAUUUAUUUAAUG